AUGGCGUCCUCAGAAAGUUGUACUCCCAACCCGGUGGAUGCCCGUGAGGCGUACCUUGCAAGCUCCAGAGAAAAUGAUGCACUGCGGGAAAAAAUGAUAACAUGGCAAAGCGAAAAGGAGGAAGACCAACAAAACAAACCUUCCAUGGAAGGUAAGAAAAACAUGAGCAUAAUUCAUAUUCACAAAUUUAUUAACAAGCUAAAAAACGCAAGUGCAGCUAAUUUAGAACAAAGCUACCUUCAGACAUUGCUAGAGGAUAUUAAACAUCUGAAUAUAUCCAAGUACCUGAGCGAGAUAUUCAACUGUGUGUUGGAUUUAGUUCAUCAUGUGAGCAGAUACUCUGAUCUGUUCGUUCUUGUAAACUUCAUACGAUAUGUGCAUGAGCAUUACGAGCACGUGGGUGAACACAUCGAUAGGACAGUGUUUGCAAAAUUUUUCCGGCUGGAUGAGGAGGACAAAAAUUACUUCUUUCUCGUGUUUUACGAAUUGUACAACCAUGUUAGUGAGUCCAGCUUUUCCGCCAACUACACAUUUUGUCCCUCGUCCAGCGGGAAUGGCGCCACCAACGAGGGAGCAAAUACAGGGGCUAAUACAGGGCCGAACGGUACUAUGCAGACAAGUGAAAAGACCACUUCAAAUGGAGAUGGAAACGCAUGUAACAGCCUGGCACGCCAACUGAAGGAGCUGCACACCUUCCAGAAGACGAAAGCCAUGGCGAUGAAAAACCUGCACACGCACAUGUGCAAGGAGGGGCGCGAAACAGACCCAUUCGUUGUCGAACACGACCUUUUCUCGAACGAAGGAAAGGAGACAAAGGGGUGGAAGAGCAACCAAGCGGAUCAGAAGGCAUACAUAAAGGAAAUGCUAAACGAUCCAAAUCUGCUGAAAAAAAUAAAAAAAAAAAACAAAAAAAGGAAAGUACUUCUCUGUAUGUACUUCGAACUGGUCCUACACGGCAUUUGCAAGAAUAGGGACCUGCUCACCUACAUGUUUAUGAAUAUGUCAUUUUUCUUCAUGCUAAUACUGGACUCCCAAGUGAGUGAUAAGGACAGAAGUGGCCUGAUCACAUCGUCGCAAGAGAAGCGGGACGUAAAUCUUUACGGCACAAGAUCAGAUGUGCUUCGUUCUGUAAAAAAGCACCUCUCUGUCAGCACGGUGGUGACGUACGACUAUGUCUUCUCGAAUGUGGGCACGCUGUUUUGGGGUGGAAGCAACAGCACUGUUGGCGGAAGUGACAACAAUGCUGGUGGCACCAUCGCUAACGCUGCUAACGUAGAUAACGCAGGAAAUGUCACGCUGCGUUUAGGCGAGGUGAAGAACCACGUGUUGAACUUCCUGCACGUGUUCUACUACAGCAGCAUGGUUAACCUGCUGGUCUACCUGUAUGGAGAGCACCUAAUCAACGAAUACAGCAUCGAUAGGAAGAAGAGUCCCUUCCACACGGAGGACUGCGACUUUUUUAGUGUGUACGAAAAGUGCCAAAAGCUGUGCUCCUACUUAGCGUUGGAUGUGCCCAGUUUGGACGCCAUUCAAAUUGUGGGCAUCGAAAUGUUGGGGAUGAAGGACGCCAGCGUCAAGCACAUAAAGCUUUUCGAUAAGAUGAAAAAUAAUAACAGGAAGGAUAAGGACGGGUCAGGUGAUGAGUCGAUCUGCUUCUGGGCCAAUGAGGAGGAGAAGGCCUUUUACACAAAAUUCCCCGACUAUUCCAACAUUAACAUUGCGCUGAAUGAGGAGGAAGAGGACGUCACCACUGCGAAUGCGUCCAAUGCAGUUGACCCUCCCGAUGGCCCUAACUCCGCUGGUCUGGAAACGGCCGCCCGGAAGGACCCCAAGAAGGGAUUCCCCAAAUACCUGGAGAAGCUACUCCACAUGAACAGCGAGAAGGAGUUGGAGGACCACGUGAUGACCUUCCUCCUAAACUACAACACAAAGCGGAAGAGAAAACUCGUAGCCAACAGCAUCACACAUAUCAACCAGGUGGUACUAAACUUGAUCCCCUUCUACUGUCGAUACGUAGCCAUAAUUAACGUCUACAGGAAGGACAUGGCGGUGACUAUAAUAGAGGAGGUAAAAAGAAUAACAGAAAAAUUAAUAAAAGAAAAACUGCCUUGCCAGAAUAAAAAAAACAAGUGUAUUAAAUACAUUUGUGAGUUGGCCAAAUUUAAGCUCCUAGAUAUUACGUACAUUUUAGACGUCCUACAUUUGCUGAAUGAGAAUUUUACACCUGAUCAUGCAGAGCUGUCCCUAUACAUUUUGGAAAACUGUUCUCUCCUCCUAAUUAACAACUCAAAGACACACAUACGAUUUAUAAAUCUUUUGCAAAAAAUAAAAAAAAUGAAAAGCUCGAGGAAUCUCUCCACAUCGUUCGAUCUACUUUUUGAAGAAUGCUGCAUUAAGAUAGAGCAAGAAUGUGAUCCGAAAAAAAAAAAUUUUAAAAAAAAUAAAAUAAAAUCCAAAUAUUCAGAAGAAGAUUUGAAAAAAAAAAAUUUCUUAAAAAAGCUACUUUUUGAUGACAUUGAAAAGAUAUCGGUUGAGGAGAUAAGCGUCCACAUGAGGAAGUUCAAUUGGGAUGAUCUGUUUUUUACGUCCUUAUUGAGGAAGUACAUUUUUAAAUUUUUAAUGUAUAUGAGCAUUUACCAGAUUAGUAACUUAGCGUCUCUGUUAUUCUACAUCGCCAAGCACAGACCUUGUUUCGUCACGCAAGUCAUAGAUGAGUUGUAUGAGCGUAUCGUACACAUUAUCGAGAGGAACGAUUUUAAAAAAUUCAGCCUACUCAUUCAGUAUGCGCAUUUAUUUUCUGAGCUGUUCAUUUAUCGGAUGCUUAGUUCGAGCAGUGUCUUAGACCUGCUGUACUUUUUGGUUGCCCUCUCCGACACGGACAUGGCAAACUUCCACCACGUGGCUAGCAUCCAUAGGCUCUUCCAUGAAAACCGAUGCGCCGCUGUGGAGAGCAAACCUGAAAACGGCAUUUUUCAAAAUGGAGACCACUUCUCCUUUGAUGACUACGAAAACCCUCUUCACAAAUUCCUCUUCAUCAACAGACGCAGCCCAGUUUUCCGCAACCUGCUCCAGGACCCAGACUGUAGCAGCUUCAUUAACAUCAAGAUGGUCUGCAUAAUCGUAGAGCGGUGUGGGAAGUAUUUUCAGAACGCCCCCCUACUCAAAUUUAAAUUAACCAAGUUCCUUUUAAUUUUUCUCAGAUUUUUACGUGUGCAGGAACCCCUCCCUGUGUAUAUUACAGACUUAGUAAAUAACCUCAUUGAUCUGUUUUGCAAAGACAUGCGGGUGUUGACAACGGUUAAUCUGGUGGACAAGUACCUCCUGAGACUGUUAAAGUGUGAAUACAAAGUGUACCUGAGCAUCAACGGAGGGGGUGUAAAUGCUAGGGGGGGUGAAUCCUCCCCUUUUGUCACAGAAGAGGAAUUAACCUUUCGACUCGAUACAGAAGAUGCUUCUCCGGAGCAGCACAAGGACGUAGGCCGUGAGAAGCUGAAGGGGAAUACCCGCAGGGUGGAGGUGGGAUACCCUCACGGGGGUAGAAGUGGGCCGCAGGGAAAGACAGCUGAGUAUACCUAUGGAGUCCCCUACCGAGAUCGCUACGGAGGUGCCCUCCCAGGCACACAAGUGAGGGGUAUUACAUCAGAGGACGGUGUCGCAAAAGACCUACAGGGCAACCACGUCAAACAGGAGGACGAAACUGCGAACGAAGAUAUCGACAAGGAAAUUAACGCAAUAAUUAAAUCGUCCAUUUUGGAAAACAGAUCUUGCCAAAGCAGGAAGGACGCCCCGCAGAAUAUCAAGAACGCCACGCUGUAUGGCAAGCUGCUCGGAAGAGCGAGCAAACCCGUUGGCGUAAAGUGUGCCAAAUGA